AGUAAAACAUAAACAAAAUCGAACGUUCGAUUUAUACUGCGCGAGUGAAUUACGAUGGAAUUCUGCCAUUUGAAGCUGAGACAGAAAUUUUGAACAGAAAUCCUAAGUAUAGAACCCUAGGAGAAGAACCCUAGGAUUUGUGCGUUUCUUGGAAUCGGUGAACGUUUCCACUGGAGUUUGUUAUUGAGGCGCGGAGAAUGUCGACGGACCUGCAAUUGAAAUCGAGUUGUAGCGGAUGCGGAUCAACGACGGAUCUCUACGGAAGCAAUUGCAAGCACAUGACUCUGUGCUUGAGUUGCGGCAAAACCAUGGCCGAGAAUCGCUCCAAAUGCGUCGAUUGUGGUGUCACCCUUACUCGCCUGAUUCGAGAAUACAAUGUUCGUGCAAGUUCUACCAAUGACAAGAACUACUUUAUUGGAAGGUUCAUGACCGGUUUACCAGAUUUUUCGAAGAAGAAAAGUGCUGAGAACAAGUGGGCUCUGCAGAAGGAAGGACUGCACGGUCGCCAAAUUACUGAUUCUUUGCGGGAGAAGUACAAGAAUAAGCCUUGGCUCUUGGAGGACGAAACAGGUCAGUCCCAGUACCAUGGUCAUCUAGAAGGUUCACAAUCGGCUACAUAUUACCUGCUAAUGAAAGAAAGGAAGGAAUUUGUUGCCAUUCCUGCUGGUUCUUGGUACAACUUUAACAAGGUUGCUCAAUAUAAGCAAUUGACAUUGGAGGAAGCAGAAGAGAAGAUGAAGAAUAGAAAGAAAACUGCAGAUGGAUAUCAGAGAUGGAUGAUGAAAGCAGCAAAUAAUGGCCCAGCUGCAUUUGGUGAACAUGGAAAAUUUGAGGACAAGGAAAGCAACACAGGUGGAGGGAGAAGCCGUAAAAAAACUGGUGAGGAUGAUGAAGGUCAUGUUUCUGAUAAGGGAGAGGAGGAUGAAGACGAGGAAUCCGACAGGAAGAGCAGACUUGGACUUAAUAAAAGAGCUGGUGAUGAUGAUGAAGAAGGUCCAAGGGGAGGGGACCAUGAUCUAGAUGAUGACGACGUUGAGAAGGGUGAUGACUGGGAGCAUGAAGAAAUUUUCACUGAUGACGAUGAAGCUGUUGGAAAUGACCCUGAGGAAAGGGAGGAGUUAGCUCCUGAAGUUCCUGCUCCUCCUGAAAUAAAACAGGAUGAGGAGGAGGAGGAUGAAGAUAAUGAAGAAGGGGGAGGUCUGAGUAAAUCUGGGAAAGAGCUGAAGAAGCUGCUUGGGAAAGCUAGUGGUCUGAAUGAAUCUGAUGCAGAGGAUGAAGAUGAUGACGAUGACGAUAUGGAUGACGAGGUUGGCAAUCCUCCUGUGAUUGCUACGAAGCAGAAGGAUGCCCCUAAGGAAGAACCUGUUGACAUUAGCCCUUCAAAGCCAGCAGCAACAGGACCUGCUCGUGGAACACCAUCUUCUAAGUCUUCAAAGGGAAAGAGAAAAUCAAAUGAAGAAGUAAAACCAGCAAAUACUGCAACACCAAAGAAGGUGAAACAGGAAAAUGAACCAAAAUCGUCUACCAAAGAUGUAAAUGGGUCUGCAUCUAAAAGCAAUGCACCUCCCAAAGGUACACCUCCGUCAUCAUCAAAGCCUGGGUCUUCCGGAACAGCUACUGGACCUGUGAGUGAGGAAGAAAUUAGGGCUGUUUUAAGGCAAAAGACUCCAGUGACCACUCAGGAUCUUGUAGCUAAAUUUAAGGCAAGAUUGAGAUCUUCAGAGGAUAAGCAAGCAUUUGCUGAGAUCCUGAAGAGAAUCUCUAAAAUACAGAAGACUGCAAAUGGAUCCAGUUAUGUUAUCCUGAGAGAUAAGUGACGUGUAGACCCCAAUGAUUGGUUCGGAAAAGAUGCUGCAUAAAAAAUGAGAAUACGAUGAUAUUCCAUGUAUAUUCUUCACAUUUUGGGCACCGUCGUCGAGAUUAUAUUGCUAAGUUAAUGCCCAUCGAGUAUAAGAGACUUUUUUUUUGUUUUUGAAAUCGUGAAAGUCGCCUCAUCGGGUUACAAAUGCGAGUACAGGGUAUAUGGAGAUUACCCUGGCGCAUUGAAUAAACAGGAUCUACCUCUUAUUAACAUUAUAGAAAGAAGCAAAUGGUACAACUUAUAAAUCUUAUGUACGUUUAUCUGUAUUUUUCGUGUA